UCGGUUGGUACAGCUUGUUGCGAGCAGUCGAGUCGAGUGGAUUUUUUUUUGAUUUUCUUCGCCAACGCUAUCUGUAUUCAGAAAUUAAUCAUGACUUUUGGCGCAGAGCUGCAGAGUAUUUUGGAAGAAUUGCUUAUUUCUGACGAUGAUCGCUCCGAGUACACUAGGGAUGCAGUCGAACUCCAAAAUUUUGUGAUUGAGGAACUAAAGGAGGCAGACAUUAAUUUUCGUAAAGCUUUUGAUGGCCUUAGCCUCACGGGAAGCUACUUGGAUGGAGUGAAAUUGAAGACGCCUGAUGAAUUCGAUUUGCAUAUGAAGCUGAAAUUUCCAUUCCCCAUCACCCCCACAAAAGACGAGAAGGGAUUCGUGUUCUUGUAUGCAAAUGGCUCCAAUCAUUCUAUCGUUACCGACAAUUACAUAAAUCGAAAAGAGCUUCAAGAUUGGCUACGUGAUGCAUUCGAUAAGGUAUUCGACUCGGAGCUAAGUGUUCUUUGCAAGUCUGGAGAAGAAUAUGAACUAAUGUAUACGGCCAAGGGCACCGGAUGUGCCCACACCAUUGAAGCUGAAGGGAAGAAUCGGAACAUAUCGUUCGAUUUUGUGCCAGCAUUCGAGUUCGCCUGGGCCCAGUGGCCGUUGGACAAAACAUGCAUUUACAACAGCCGUAAGAAAAAAUUAAUGUACUUCCCAUGGUUCGCUGUGCCGCAAUAUAAACAAGGCACUUGGGACGAUCGCAUCUUUAUGGUAUGUGUUCCGCAUUGGGAACGCCAAUUAACGAUGGAUCUGCAUAACUUCAAAAAUGUGUUGCGCCUCAUGAAGGGACUGCGCGACGCUCAUGCGACCGAUUUUCCAAAGCUAUCAAGUUACAUGCUAAAAACGGUCUUGCUCCAUAAACUGGGACGUGUUGACUGGCGAACCAAUUUGGGAACUCUCUUUAUGAAGAUGUGGACAUUUUUGGUGGUUCAUCUCCAAGAAGGACGCCUAGAUUUCUAUUUUGCAAAAGGACAUAACGUUUUUGAUCGUAUGACUCAUGGGGAGCUCCAAAAAUGCAACUUCACAGCUAAAGAUUUACUUUCGAAGCUCCGCAAAGCUAGAGAUGGGAAAAACAACCUCGAACUUGCUAAACUUUUUAAUGUUUCUAAGUAAGAUUAUACCCAUACAGAUGUACUUAUGCAUUUAACAUUUUGUAUUUGGCUUUUUCAUAUUUUUCAAAUAAAUUCAUAUAUUCCUUAUCCAUCA